AGGAGCCCGGAGGUGUGAGGGGGCUUCCCAGGGGCGGCCCGAGCGUGGGAGCGCAGAGAGGACCCGGAGGCCGCCAGAGACCCGGAGAGACCUGGACACAGAGACGCGGAGAGAUCCGGAGACACUCAGAGACCGGGACCCAGAGAGACCCAGGGCCUGAGCUGCGAGGAGACCCGGAAAGAACAGGAGAGACCCAGAAAUAGAAGCAGAGGCGCCACCAGACACCCGGAAAGAUGGCGAGACGCACAGGCCGAGACACAGCGCGGAUCGGAGAGAACGAAAGACGAGAGAGAGGAAAAAGAAAUGAAAGAGCAAGGGACUUAGAGAGUGUGGGGGCGCGAAGACCGCGAGGACCCCCCGGGGCAGGGAGAGGGGCGCCCUGUCCUUUCUCAGGGUCACGCCCUGGAGGUGCAGGGACGGGGGUGCGGUGUCGAGGCAGCAGGAGCCCCAGGCUGCGAGGAGCACAGUAUCAGGACGUUCAGAACCAGAGUCUAGAUCGGAAGGCUCAAAAUCUGCGAGAGUUCAAAGUUAACACAGAAUAGUAAUAUUUAACAGGAAUGUUAAACGCCGACUUUAGGAGGAAAAAGAAACCACGUAUUAUGGUGAUCCGGAAUCGAACUCCGAUCUUCCCCCAUAACAAGCAAAGCGAGAUACCACCGAGCUAAAGGAGGUUGCAGACAACGUCAGGCCGACCUAUCUGAACUUGUGAGAGGGUGCAGAGGACUUGGUCUAGAGGGUAGCAUGUGUCAGGGACUCUGGAUGGGAACGGCCCCGAAAAGUUGACGUGGGUGGAGCGCCAGGCCAUCCUUCCUCCCGCCCGGAUCCGGCCACCGGGCCAUAAAGCCGCCCCAUAUGGCCAGGGGCGGCCCCACACCCGGGUGCGAACAGCCCGGGGCCCCGAGCGCGGGGUGCAGUCUGGCUGUCCUGUUAACACUCUGAUUUAUCCUCCCUGGCACUUUGUCCUGAAGUCUCCGAGUGUUUACGCCAGCUUCGGCAGAGUCACGCUCUUGGUUUGAGAUGCUGAAGCCGCUGGUGGAGAAGCGGCGCCGGGACCGCAUCAACCGCAGCCUGGAAGAGCUGAGGCUGCUGCUGCUGGAGCGAACCCGGGACCAGAACCUCCGGAACCCGAAGCUGGAGAAAGCGGAGAUACUGGAGUUCGCCGUGGGCUACUUAAGGGAGCGAAGCCGGGUGGAGCCCCCGGGGGUCCCCCGGUCCCCAGCCCAGGACGCCGAGGCGCUCGCCAGCUGCUACUUGUCCGGCUUCCGCGAGUGCCUGCUCCGCCUGGCGGCCUUCGCGCACGACGCCAGCCCGGCCGCCCGCGCCCAGCUCUUCUCCGCGCUGCACUGCUACCUGCGCCCCAAGCCGCCCCGGCCCGAGCCGGUAGACCCGCGGCCCCCGGCGCCGCGCGCACCACCGCUGGACCCCGCCGCCCCGGCGCUCGGCCCCGCGCUGCAGCAGCGCCCCCCAGUGCACCAGGGCCCCCUUAGCCCGCGCGGCGCCUGGUCCCCGUCCCCCUGCUCCCCACGCGCCAGGGAUUGCGGCGCGCGGGCGCCCCUCACCGGACUGCUGCCGCCGCCACCGCCGCCUCACAGACAAGACGGGGCGCCCAAGGCCCCGCCGCUCCCGCCGCCCGCCUUCUGGAGACCUUGGCCCUGAGC